AUGGUAUCGAAUCCCCGGACAUGGUCCUUCACCAUCGACCGCUACAUCAACCCCUUUGUCCCUCCACCGCCAUGGCACCUCAUCCCAUCUCCCAUCGCCCGCUUCCUGGGCCACCGACCGCCAGGCUAUACACCGGCCGAGGUGGGCAACCUCCAGCCCAUCUUCUGGGCCUUUAUCGGCAUCUUCUGCAGCGUCGCUCUCAUCGAAGGCGUGAACAUGCACAUACCGUCCUUCCAAGCCAGAGACGCCCCCCUCAUCGUCGGCUCCUUUGGCGCCGCCGCCGUGCUCGAGUUCUACGCCAUCGACUCGCCCCUCGCCCAGCCGCGCAACGCCAUCCUCGGCCAGCUCAUCUCGGCCUUUACCGGAGUUGCCGUCUGCAAGCUGUUCCUGCUCGGCGACUUUGACCACCUUCGCUGGCUGGGCGGUGCCAUUGCCUGCGCGGCGGCCACGGCUCUCAUGGCUCUGACAAAGACUGUUCACCCACCUGCGGGCGCGACGGCCCUGCUCGCGGUCACGGAUCCCGCGAUUGUGAAUCUGGGCUGGUUCUACCUGCUCGUCAUCCUGCUGGGGUGCAUGCUCAUGCUUAUCGUCGCCAUGCUCGUCAACAAUAUUGGUCGGCGGUUCCCGCUGUACUGGUGGACGCCCGAGGAUGUUGGGCGCAAGAAGCCCGGGCAGCGCCCCAUGUUCGAGCGACGGGCCAGCUCGAUCAAAAAUCAGCACCGCUCACCGCACGACAGCGAGAGUGAGAAGGGGGAUGUGGAGGCGGACGCUGGCUUGCCAGGGGGUGAAGAGUCGCCAGACCUUGAACAGUCCGAGGUGAUCAUCCGCCGGGGCCAGGUGUCCGUGCCAGAGCACAUGUAUCUGACGCAGGAAGAGAAGACGCUGCUGGAGAUCAUGAGCCAGCGCUUAUAG